CAUACUCUUCAACACAUAUCCUAAUAAAAAGAAAACCAAGUUUUUAUAAAAAUCAGAGUUCAUAGUUGAAGAAGGUGAAUUCUAAAAAUGGAGAAGACCAAAGAAACAGCUGCUAACGUUGGUGCUGCAGCCAAAUCUGGUAUGGAGAAGACCAAAGCCAACGUCCAAGAGAAGACUGAGAGGCUGACGACGCGUGAUCCGUUGGAAAAGGAGUUGGCAACACAGAAGAAGGAGGAAAGGGUUGCCCAGGCUGAGCUGGAUAAGCAGGCGGCGCGUAAUCACAAUGCUGCGGCAACGGCUGUGAACACCUUGGGGCAGGGUCAAAACCACACCACUGGAACCGGCGGAAAUCCAAAUGCCACCGGGUAUGGAACCGGCGGUACUCACCGUUGAGUAAUUAUGUAUCAUCGUGAUAAAUAAAACAAGGUUGUUAAGUUGUAGUAUGUUUGUUUUCUUUUUGAGUCAUUGAUGGCUCAUUUCUUUUCUUAAAUGAUGUUGUGAAUGUUCCUACUUGUAAGUUGAACCUUCAGUGUCAUUAAGUUGUAUUUCACUUUGAAUAAAUAAAUAUCCUUGGACAAAA